AUCCCGGUACCUCUCCCGGAUGAGCCCCGGCCCCCGCGAGGCUCCCUCUCUCCCGUUGCGCCAGCCCGGAGGAGCGCCGCCCCGGAACGUGAUGGCGGCUGUGGCUGUGGUGCGGAGUGGCCCGGGGGUCUGCUGAGGGUGGGUAGAGUGGAGGGUGGAGGAGGUGAAGGGAACAAGAUGGUUAGUUGUCUGUUUGUUGAAGUCAUGUUUCUUUCUUGCUAGAUUGGAUGUGGGGUUCUGCUGCUGUUUUCUGCUUCUCCCAUUGCGCAAAAAGCAAAGCAGAACUCUUAGAAUGGUCACCAAGUUAAUUUUAGUCAGACACGGUCAAUCCGACUGGAACGAAAAGAACCUCUUCACCGGAUGGGUGGAUGUCAAGCUCUCUCCAAAGGGUGAGCAAGAGGCUGCACGUGCGGGCGAGUUGUUGAAGGAGGCCGGGCUCAAGCCGGACAUCUUGUACACCUCGCUGUUAUCCAGAGCCAUCCAGACCGCCAACAUUGCGUUGGAGAAGGCGGACAGACUGUUCAUCCCGGUCGUGAGAUCGUGGAGAUUGAACGAAAGACACUACGGUGCCUUGCAAGGCAAGGACAAGGCCGAAACAUUGGAGAAGUACGGCAAGGAGAAGUUCCAGGAAUGGAGAAGAUCGUUCGACAUCCCACCUCCAGAGAUCGAGGACGACUCGAAGUUCUCUCAGGUCGGCGACGAGAGAUACAAGACCGUCGACCCACACGUCUUGCCUAAGACGGAGUCCCUUGCGUUGGUCAUUGACAGAUUGCUCCCAUAUUGGCAGGACGUCAUCGCCAGCGACCUUUUGGACGGCAAGACGGUUCUCAUCACCGCCCACGGCAACUCCUUGAGAGCCCUCGUCAAGCACUUGGACAACAUCUCCGAGAGUGAAAUCGCAGGCCUCAACAUCCCAACCGGUAUCCCCUUGGUCUACGAGUUGGACGACAACUUAAAGCCGGUCAAGCCAUCCUACUACUUGGACCCAGAGGCCGCCGCCGCCGGUGCCGCCGCCGUUGCUGCACAGGGUCAAAAGAAAUAGGCUUGUCUCCGGCUCCUCUUGAACCCAAUUGUGUAUACGUUCUAUAGUUAAUGCUGCUAUACCGUUUGACGCUACAUGCGCCCAUAUGGUGAGCAAACAUACGAAACAUGUAUCUGCUCUUUAGCACCUCGCACAGUAAAUGCAUCCGUGCACCACUGGCUAUACCUGAGGGGGAGUAAAGUCUUGACUUUUUCCUGGAUAUGGAAAGUUCCAUUUUCCACUGAUUGAAGAUGGUAACUGUAUAAAAUUUGUGUCACAAAAUAUCUCCAGAAAGC